GCGUGAGCGGAGCUUUUGGGUCGUGCUGAGUCCACUUUUGUCGCGCCUUAUUCAAACGCGCACAAAAUUAAGGACUCUCUUCAAUUUUGUGCACGUCGAAUGUCAUUUCCAUUUAAAAUUAAACUCUAUUUAUGGUGAAGUGAAGUCUGCAAAAAUUUAUUUCGUACAGAAAUUUUAUUUUUUGCAACUAAUAAAAAUAAAACACAUUUUUAUUUCUAUUGUGAUACAAUAUACUGUGCUAAAUUAUUUUCCCAACUGGAAUUUCAUUGAAUAUCUUCAGAGACAACACGAAAAAUUCAUCAUUAAAAGUGUUUUUUUUUUUUUUUGAAUCCCUGGUUUGCAGUUUAGAUAAACCGCGUGGUGUUGCUUGGGAUUGCCGAUUAAUCUUGGACGCCGGCGCUACUUGUCGUCGCCUUUUCACUCGGGUUAUUCUGGAGGACUUUGGCCUUUGGAGCGCAACUACAGGAGGUGUGUGCUUGCGCUCAAGAGAAAAGAAAAUUGAGAAGAGAGACUGAAAAACACCUGUAAGCGAACGCCUGUAAUACCCGGAGGAUAUACAAGAGGAAAAAAAUGUCAAAUUAAAUUAAAAGCUCCGGGCAAGUCUGAAUUUCCGGGCUUCCUUUAACCAAGUUUACCUUACGUUCUUGGACGAUCUUAAUUCUGAUGACGAAGCGAGCUUAAUUCUCGUGCUCUCACAGAAAAAUUAAUUGACUGCUCCGUUUGAUGAGGAAAAACUUGAAUGUCCACUGAUCUACAGAUUUUUUUUGGUGUGGACGAAAAAAUUCUAAGAAGAUAGAAGGAAAAAUAGUGCCAAGGAUUAAGGGGAAAAGAGAUAAAAAGCAUGAAAGACGAAUGUGUGAUGUAUUGGGGGCGAAAAUAAUCGCUCAUUUUUCCAAGUUCAUGUCCAUCACUCAGUGAAGAUUUCCAGAAGACGAGUAGAAAGGAAGGAAGAUUUAGCCGGGUAUGACGGCCAAGUCGGGAGGUCGGCGGGAGUUUAUGAAGACUUCGCGUGUGUAGUUAGAGGCCAAGGUGUCCACAGUCACGUUCAAGUUGACAAAGUGGAUCAAAAAUAGUUUUUAUAGAAAAAGAAGGAUGAAAAUCAUAAGUCACGAGUAAUUAUACUUGGUAAACUCCUUCCUUGGAGUAACAUGCGGCAGUAGUGUAGUGCGUUAAAGUGCUUAGUGAAAUUUGGACAUCUAAAAAAUUGCAAUUGGAGCUAAUAAGAUACGAAAAAAGAAAAUAGAAGACGUAUUUUGAAAGCGUAAAAGACCAAGAUGAUGUGUUGGAUGUUGGAAAAGAGAAUGAGGAUCACCAGCAUGAAGACGAAAAGCAGAGAAAUAAGGACAAAAAACGUCUUCGUACUCAGCCGCCUCGGGUUACAGUCUCCGAUGUUGAGCCUAGGCUUUAUCCUCAUGCUGCUUGCAACCGUGCCGCAAGAAAGUAACUGCGGAGCUAACGAAAGAAGACUUCUAAACGACCUCCUGGCGAAAUACAAUACUCUCGAACGACCAGUAGCAAACGAGAGUGAAGCACUCGAAGUGAAGUUUGGAAUAACAUUGCAGCAAAUAAUUGAUGUGGAUGAGAAGAACCAAAUCCUAACUACUAAUGCAUGGCUCAAAUUGGAAUGGACGGAUUACAAUCUACAGUGGAACGAGAGUGAAUACGGUGGUGUGAAGGACCUGAGAAUCACACCGAAUAAGCUUUGGAAACCGGACGUCCUUAUGUACAACAGGUAACUCGUAUUCUAAUUAUACCGGACGGUAGACGAGUCAAUUCCUAACCCACGUAAUGUAGAUUCAGUCCAGUCGGUUACCCUCGAUAAAUUGUUUAAAGCAAAAUCGAGUUGACUCAUUCUUGAUUCCACUUCAAACGAUUUGUGUACUGCGAAACAACCACGCGGAAAGAGUUUUGACGUUUUAAAAAAUAAAUUCGAUGCCAAACAAUUUAUUUAAUUAUCCAAAUCAACUCUUGGUUGAGUUUAUUUUAUUAAUUCGUUAAAUGAGUUGUCCGUAAUCAAUACUAAUGUGUCAACCUAAUAAGAAUAACGUAGGAAAGAAUAUAAAAGAAAAAAAGAAAAAUUUGAAAUCGUCAAUUUGUUUCUUAGUUUGUUGAUUUUUAAACACAAAUUGAAUUUAUUUAUUUCCGGUGUGAAUUCAUGCAAAUUUUCCAGCCUUGCUCAGUUUUAAUUGUAAUUCGAGUAUUCUAUGACUACUGAAUGAGACAGCAAAUCUCCAAUGAAAUCAUAAAAAAUCCAAUUAAUUAGUCGGAGUAUGACAUCCCGGACUCUUGAUACGAGAUUCGAAUUCUCUCUUGCAUUUCGUUCGCUUCUAUAUUUCUCAGACUGCCGUAGUAGUUAUUUUUCAUUCAUUAGACAUUUUUUUACCCCUCUAUUUAUCUCACUUUAUCAGAAUAUCAUGUCACGGGAAUACUCAAUUAUUUUAAACUUAAAAUUAAAAUCA